GAAUUACUUUGACCUUUCCCAUAAUCCACCGGGGCGACUGAAGGCGCCUUUUGUAGCCCAUGCAUGUCAACAAGGAGGAAAGGAAGACGCUCGGCUGUAAUUAAAAACUAAUGCGUGAAUAUAAUAACACGCUGCUUUUUCAUUCAUUGGCUUAACGUCCUUGAAGAGCGACAUGGCUCCGUUCGGCUUAAUGACAGCAGGUGCUAGCUGGCUGGCUAAGUCCUUCAGUGUGUUCUCCAGCACAAGCACUCUGGCAAGGUGCACCAGUGUCCUCCAAGCGACAUACAUCACUCCAGUGAAAUGUCUGACCUCUCAGGCCAGCGGACCUCCAAAGAGACCACUAAACGGAUACCUGAGAUUUGUUAUACAACAGCAGCCAGUCAUAACCAGACACUACCCAGAAAUCAAAUCCGUUGAUAUCAUCAGGAAGAUCGCUCAGCAGUGGAGAACGUUAACUGCAGAACAGAAGAAGCCUUUUGAAGAAGCCUCUCGGCAGGCCAGGGAGCAGUUUAAGGUGGACCUCCAGCGCUACCAGGCCCUGCUGACCCCGGCACAGCUCCAGCAACAGAUCCAGGAGAGGAGGCAGAGGCUGGCCAAGAGGCGGACCAUUGUCAAAAAGAGGGAGUUGACCAGCCUGGGGAAGCCAAAGCGCGGUCGCACUCCGCUCAACAUUUACAUCUCGGAGCACUUUGAGGAGGCCAGAGGGCUCACCACACAGGAGAAGAUGAAGUCGAUGGUGCAGGACUGGAGAAGUCUUACAAGUCAUCAGAAACAGAUCUAUACGCAGUUGGCAGAGGAUGACAAAAUCCGCUACAAGAAUGAGAUCAGGUCGUGGGAGGACCACAUGGUGGAGAUUGGACGAGAAGACCUAGUCCGAGAGAAGAUCCUGCCUACCAAGAAAAAACCUGCAACUAAAGCUAAAGCUAAAACAAUCAAGAAGGGAACAAAGAAGGGAACAAAGAAGGUUGCAUUAAAAACAGUGAAGAAGGCCACAGCAAAGAAACCUACAACCAGCAGGAAGUUAACCAAAGGUUAAACUGCCAGGACUGACUGAACACAUCAUUGUGUAACAGUGUUCAUGACAUGCUCUGCUUGUUUUUUUGAAAGAAGUUCCCAGUUCUCAUGAGUGCUCCUUGGGUUCAACGGGGCAGAGCUUUUACAUCGUUCAGACGGAUCAUUUCACAAAAACCCAUUAUCACCUGUGUUCAGUGAAAUGUAACCAAAUAAACACUGAGAGCAGGAUUACGACGGGCACAGUGUGUCUCUUAUUCAUCAUGACUUUUAGCUGUUGCUUAAAUCCAUCCGAUUGAUAACGUGGGAUGGUUCCAGGCUCAGAAAGUAAUGAAAUAUAAUGAUUUCGUAAGCUUAAACAUUUAAAUCAAGGUAUUAAAGGAGAUCAGAUAAGGCUUCUACAUUCUGUCUCUAAUCGCCCUGAGUGUAAGCACAAUAUACUUGAGCAAACAUAAUGGUUAUUGUUGCAGUCCCCAAAAAACACUUUUUUUAUACUUUUGUUAUUUCAUAAAGAGUAUUAAUGCAAAGAAAACAUUGGAUGUUAUUCUGCCAACAAAUCCAUGAAAGGUCCAUGACCAACGUGCUAUUCCGUCUCUCUACCCGCAGCACCUGUCUGUGGCUCUCAGGCUUACAUCUUUAGAGCAACAUUUAAUUGUUAGUUUCUUUUAUAUAUAAAUAUAUAUUUAGACACCCCUUCCCCUAAAGAUGACCCAACCUCACUGAAGUAUCUCCUCGCUAUAGCGUCACCUUCUACAGUCGCAACCUCAAACUGUGAAAUACUGCUCAUUUAUACCAUAAACAUUACUGACUGACAUUUUGGUUUUCAAGCAUAUAUUUCUUUUGUUUAGCUUUGUAUGAGAUGCUUUUUUGUUUUGUUAACUGCUGUAAAAAAGCUGUUGUAGUUGAUAAUAAAAUGAGCUUUUUCCUUA